AUGGGUCAGUCGUUGCCGACCCCGGACUGCGAGCCCUCGGUGUGUCCUUUGUGCCACGGUAUAUGUCGGAAUCCGACCGCGCUGAGAUGCAAACAUAUUUUCUGCUACUGCUGUAUACAGGAGUUAUGGAGUGGUUCGCCCACCGGUCCAUACUACUGCCCCGAGUGCAAGGAGGAGUACAAGACAUUACCGGUGGGGUUCAAGAGAGACACUACCGCAAGUCCGUGGCGACAUGACGCGCCUGCACAUACACGCACCACCGCAGCCACAGGCAGAGCCAAUGAAGAGGAUGUCAUUGAGAUAAAUUCGGCGGGCUGGAACCUUGGGAAGAGAGCCUCCAUCUCUCAAUCCAAGCGUCUGUUAGGGAAGAGACCAGCCAGUUCUCCUGUCCCAGGAGGCCAUCUUCACGACAACAAGAGACAAGCCACUGGCAGCUCCUCUUCCUCCCACUCCAGGGGACAGUCUGGUGACCGUAAGAGACCCGCCACUUCCUCUUCCUCCUCUUCAGCCAAUCAGAACACGUCGUCUGACGUCGAGUUGUCCAGUGAGGAGGAGGUGCCAGCAGCACCAUUCUCCUUAGCAACCAAACCGUCUAGUACUGCGUCCGUCGCCGUCAGAGGUCCGGACCUGACACGUGAUAGGUCUAGGUCCCCUAGGAGAGACACACCCAUUGAGCUGGAUGAACCCCUGCUGCAACAGAACCUCUUACAAGAGAACCCCUGA